CACUACUUUUCCUCCAUGGUGCACAACGCAACUCCAGGUAUCGGUCUCCUGGGCAGCACCGCACUGCUCGUCUCCUCUAUCACAGGUCCUGGUCUGACCACCAUUUCGCUAAUGUUCCAACAGUCUGGAUGGGUGCUACCAACUAUAGUUUUCAUGUUAAUGGCUUUCCUAUCCGGUUGCUCGGCGUUGUUCAUAUGCGAGGCAAUGAGCAAUAUUAGAGGAAAUGAGAAGUUCCAGGCCAAGGUAGAGUUCACUACGAUUGCUCAACUCUAUUUGGGGAAGAAUUACCACAUGGCACUGCAAGUGCUAUUAUACCUGGCCUUGCAAUCUGUCAAUAUUGCAAGUAUAGUCAUAUCAGUGCAGACGUUGGACGAUAUGUUCAUCGCAUUAUUCAAACGGACAUGCGGUGUGGGUUUCUCUCCCGCGGGUUGGAUUUGUGUCACCGAGCAAACAGCCAACAACUCUCCAUUUCCAAGCGGAUCGUAUUUUUUUUUCACCUUCGGCCUUUUGGCUACAGCCGUCCUUGUUGUACCGCUUGGAUUCUUCAAUUUGGUGGAGAAUGUUAAAGUACAGAUUGGAUCAUUCAUUCUCUUGAUUGGUAUCCUAAUAGAAUGGGUAAUAUCCUUUAGCAUACACGGCUUGGAUCCAUCCAUGGUGCCUGCCGCUUCUAAUAAUUCUAGCCAAGUGGUUGGCACGGUCCUGCUUAACUAUGCAUUUAUCACAACCAUUCCAUCCUGGAUUAACGAUGUUCGACGGGACGUAUCUAUACAUACUUGCAUUUGGUUGUCCCUCGGCAUUUCAUGCUUCUUUUACAUCUUGAUUGGUAUCACAGGGGCUAUGAGCUAUUCUAUGAAUGGAUCAAGCAAUAUAUUAGACUUCUUGAGGACAGAUGGUUCAAUUGCUUCCAAAGUAGCCGUGUACAUGUUUCCGUUAGUGGCACUUGUCACAUCAGUCCCAGUUUUCACAAUUGUCAUUCGCUCAAACCUAUUGAGAGGCCGGGUCUGUAACAAGUACUUGGCGCAUUUCCUGGCCAGUGGCGCUCCAUGGUUCAUUGUAAUUUUACUUCAAACCAGUGAUUGGCUAAAUAUGUUCUUGAACUGGACAAGUCUGUUCCUACAAUCGGUAAGCACUUCAAUUUGAAGAAAGCUAGUUUAAAAUGCAAAAAU